UUUAUUCGUUCCCUAACUGUUUGAAAGGAGAACGUGAAUGUUAGAUCGUAAACUUCCAGCGUUUACUUGCCUUGCUAGAGGUCAGUUUAAAAAGUGACCAAUAUUUUAUCGCGCCAGUUAGCGAUUUAAGAACGACUUGUACGCACGGUUCAGUUUUGGUGUCGUGCGUUAACCGGAACGGUAGUGUAUUGUUUGCUGUUGUGAGCGUUGCCAAUUCUCCAAUUUGUAAUCGCCUUUAAAGGAUUUUUUAUUGGGAUUUUCACGAACGUAUCUUGUAACUGAAAAAGAAUGUCUGCCAAAGCAAUAAGGGAAGCAACGGGUAAAAAUUUGAUAAACAAACACUUGGCAGCCGACACUGCCGCUGCUAGAUGUAAAUUCGCUUCCGUUGAUCCAGACACUAAUUUUCUUGAGCUCGUUGAACAAAAUCCGUGGCUCAAAACAGAGAAGCUAGUCGUAAAACCUGAUCAACUCAUCAAACGAAGAGGCAAACUUGGUCUCAUAGCUGUAAAUAAAACUUUUGACGAAGUAAAAAAAUGGAUAUCGGAGCGAAUGAACAAAGAUCAAAAGAUCGGCCAGGCAGUUGGAAAACUUCGAAACUUCAUUAUCGAGCCGUUCGUUCCACACAAGCAGAACGAAGAAGCAUAUGUCUGCAUAUAUUCUCAUAGGCAUGCUGACACAAUUUUAUUUUACCACGAAGGUGGUGUCGACAUUGGAGAUGUUGAUUCUAAGGCUGUCAAACUGGAUAUCCCUGUUGGCGAAUCAACAGAUGCAGCAACUAUAGAAAAGGCACUGUUAGGGCAAGUGGCGCCGAAAAAACGAGCCACCAUUGCUAAAUUCAUUAAUGCACUUUACAAACUUUACGUCGAUUUAUAUUUCACUUACCUCGAAAUUAAUCCCUUGGUAGUCACGGAUAGCGAAAUCUACGUAUUAGAUUUGGCUGCAAAGUUGGAUUCUACAGCAGAUUUCUUGUGCAAACCCCUCUGGGGCGAAAUCGAUUACCCACCACCAUUCGGACGGGAUGCUUAUCCAGAGGAAGCUUACAUAUCCGAUUUGGACUCAAAAUCUGGAGCUAGUUUAAAACUUACCAUCUUGAAUAAAAAGGGUCGCAUUUGGACUAUGGUAGCAGGAGGCGGAGCUUCUGUCAUCUACAGCGACACGAUAUGUGAUUAUGGUGGUGCUAGCGAGUUGGCUAAUUAUGGUGAAUAUUCAGGGGCUCCAUCAGAACAACAAACUUACGAAUACGCCAAAACUAUUUUGUCUCUUAUGACACAAGAGAAACAUCCUGAAGGAAAGGUUUUAAUUAUUGGAGGCGGUAUCGCCAACUUCACGAACGUUGCUUCCACUUUCAGAGGAAUUAUAACUGCCCUUCAAGAAUUCCAACAGCGUUUAAUCGAUCACAAAAUUUCGAUAUUCGUACGACGUGCUGGUCCUAACUACCAAGAAGGAUUAAGAAGGAUGCGCGAAGUAGGGCAAAGUCUAGGCAUUCCGUUAUAUGUAUUCGGCCCCGAAACUCAUAUGACAACCAUCGUUGGUAUGGCUCUUGGGAAGAAACCCAUAAGUCAAGAAAGUCACACCACUGAAUUCGCAACGGCAAAUUUCCUAUUACCAGGUGGCCAAACUGACGAAAGCAAAAGCCCAUUUAGUUCAGUAACCGAAAACCAUCAUGUGGCACCCAGAAGAGCAGCGGAAGCCGUACCGAACACCAUAGAUAUUAGUCUUCCAGACCAUAUUGAACAGGGCGACACUGUGGAUUCAGCUACGCCCUUAUUCACCAAUCAGACAAAGGCAAUUGUUUGGGGUAUGCAGACUAGAGCUGUGCAGGGCAUGUUAGAUUUCGACUUUGUCUGUCGAAGGGCGGAACCUAGCGUUGUUGCCAUGAUCUAUCCCUUUACUGGAGAUCAUAAGCAAAAAUUCUACUGGGGACACAAAGAAAUUUUAAUACCUGUAUACAAAAAGAUGGAAGAUGCCAUGCGUAAGCACCCCGAUGCCGAUGUCAUGGUUAACUUCGCCUCUCUUCGAUCAGCUUAUCAGAGUACCGUCGAAGCUAUGGACUUCCCUCAAAUAAGAACCAUAGCAAUCAUUGCUGAGGGAAUUCCCGAAAAUAUGACACGAAAACUUAUUAAACUGGCCAGUGAGAAGAGCAUCGUUAUUAUCGGUCCAGCUACAGUGGGUGGUAUUAAACCUGGAUGUUUUAAAAUUGGCAACACUGGAGGAAUGAUGGACAACAUUUUGCACUCUAAAUUGUACAGACCUGGCAGUGUAGCGUAUGUGUCACGAUCUGGUGGUAUGUCAAACGAAUUAAAUAAUAUCGUAUCAAAGGCAACAGAUGGCGUUUAUGAAGGUGUAGCGAUAGGAGGUGAUAGAUACCCUGGGACAACAUUUAUGGAUCAUAUCAUGAGAUAUCAAAGCGAUGAUAACGUUAAAAUGAUUGUUCUUUUGGGAGAAGUAGGAGGUGUUGAAGAGUAUGAAGUCUGUCAAGCAUUACAAAACAAAUCUAUUACGAAACCCUUAGUAGCAUGGUGUAUUGGCACCUGCGCAGGGAUGUUCACAUCUGAAGUACAGUUUGGUCACGCGGGUUCAUGUGCACAAUCUAACAAAGAGACUGCCACUGCUAAAAACGAAGCACUCAAAGCCGCAGGGGCGUACGUUCCUGAAAGUUUUGAUUCUUUAGGCGAUAUCAUUAACAGCGUUUAUCAAGGAUUAUUAAAGAAAGGUAUUAUCAAACCGAAACCAGAAGUACCACCUCCCACUGUACCCAUGGACUACAAUUGGGCCCGUGAACUUGGACUUAUUAGGAAACCUGCUAGUUUUAUGACGUCAAUUUGUGACGAAAGAGGACAAGAGCUUUUGUAUGCUGGCAUCCCAAUAUCUGACGUACUUAAUCGCAAUAUCGGGAUUGGAGGUGUCAUUUCGCUUUUGUGGUUCCAACGUUCGCUACCUCAUUAUGUGUGUAAGUUUUUCGAAAUGUGUCUCAUGGUAACCGCAGAUCAUGGACCGGCUGUAUCAGGAGCCCAUAACACGAUAGUAUGCGCGCGAGCUGGUAAAGAUCUCGUAUCUAGCGUUGUGUCCGGUCUUUUAACUAUUGGAGAUCGGUUCGGAGGUGCUUUAGAUGGGGCUGCCAAACAAUUCAGCGAAGCAUACGAUACAGGGCUCCAUCCUGCUGAGUUCGUAAAUCAAAUGCGUAACAAAGGUCAACUAAUAAUGGGUAUUGGUCACCGAGUCAAGUCGAUCAACAAUCCUGAUCAGAGAGUAAAGAUUAUCAAAGAGUUCGUCAUAGACAAUUUCCCCGCAUGUCCUCUUCUCAAAUACGCCCUCGAAGUAGAAAAACUGACAACUAGCAAGAAACCCAAUUUAAUCUUGAAUGUUGAUGGGGUUAUAGCUACGUCGUUUGUCGACAUGUUAAGGCAUUGUGGCUCCUUUACAAGGGAAGAGGCUCAAGAGUAUAUUCAAAUGGGUGCAAUAAAUUCUUUGUUCGUUCUUGGUCGUUCGAUAGGUUUCAUUGGUCACUAUAUGGACCAAAAGAGGCUGAAACAAGGACUUUACAGACAUCCUUGGGACGACAUCUCAUACGUCAUGCCAGAACAGUAUAAUAAUUAAAUGAAAGAUUAGUCUUUUUCUUCUGUUUACUAAAACCUUUUAAGUGAAAACCUUGAAUGUCAGACGAGUAAUUUUGUCUUUCUUUAAGUGCAUUUAUUAUUGAUUAUAAAAUACAUACAUCGGGAAUAGCUGAUGGGAGGUGAUGUUUCAAGCCCUCCACUAUAUGUCGAUCAGAAGUACCUAAAAUAAAGUAAUUUAUUAGAUAGGGAUAAGAAAGAUAUUUAUUGGUUUUUAGAUGAAAAUUGACGUUGUUGAAUUAUUGUUAUUUUUUUUAUGUACGUGGUCGCCGAUUUUCGGCUAAUUGUAUUUUAACUUUUUAACGCAGUGACUGCACAUUUAAAUGUUUCAUUGUAAAAAGCAAAUAAAAAAUACA